CAAAAUAAUUAACAGGAAUAUUAAUUUAAGAUUUGAUUGUCAUUUUAAUUAAACGAAACAAAAUUUCUUCGAAUUCUUAAAUUCUUGUAAACAAAAGAAGGAAUUCAAAAAGAAGUUUUCUUUGAGAUAAGUGUCAUAGUGUGACAAUGGGUAAUGCUGGGAGUAAUCAACCAGUUGGACAUCACCACACUAGUAAUACAACCAGAGAACAUCGUCAUGCCAAAGAAUACCCUCCACCUUCACCAGGAAAAGAGGGUCAAGCUUUCAUUUUUGAUAAAAAGAUAAAUCAAAAAUUAGUUUUUCAAUCAUCGCACGAGGAAGAGGAACCUUAUUUUGCUAAGACUGGCACUCAGCAAGAUGGUGAAGACUUUAGUUCUCAACGUCCACGUUCCAAUACAGUGUCUGAAGGAACCAAAGUAACAGAUAGCAAAGUACUACCAACUGUUUUUAAAUGGGAAGGAGGUGGAAAACAGGUUUAUAUUAGUGGAACUUUUACUGGAUGGAAAACUUUACCAAUGGUAAAAAGUCAUGGUGAUUUUGUAACAAUUAUUGACUUGCCAGAGGGAGAACACCAGUAUAAAUUUUUUGUUGACGGUGAAUGGAGACAUGAUCCAGAUAUAAAAAUUGUCGAUAAUGGUAUGGGUUCUAAGAACAAUUUAGUAUCUGUAAGAAAAUCUGAUUUUGAAGUUUUCCAAGCACUUGCAAAAGAUAGUGAAGGUGUUACUAGUAGUGCUCAGACAGAGUAUGGACAAGAAAUUCCACCCCAUAAACCUUGGGAAAAAGUAGCUGGUCCACCAAUAUUGCCACCACAUUUACUUCAAGUUAUUCUAAAUAAAGAUACUCCCCUAUCUUGUGAACCUACACUUUUACCAGAACCAAAUCAUGUUAUGUUAAAUCAUCUGUAUGCUUUAAGUAUUAAAGAUAGUGUAAUGGUUCUGUCAGCAACGCAUCGUUAUCGUAAAAAAUAUGUUACAACUUUAUUAUACAAACCAAUUUAAUAUCUUUAAGUCAUUCCCGAAGUUGUCGGCAAAUAUUAGUUACAUCGAAUGAAGGCGUAUUUUGUAGGUAUCACACUUACUUGCCACAAAUCCAGUUUGAGAGCCAAUACUUUCAGUAAAAUAUAUACUUGCCCGACCAUGGCUACAU